AUGAACUCCGAUAAAAGAAAAAGUUCUACUAAUUAACAAGAAAAUGGAAACGUUAAAACAUAUGUCAGAUUUAGACCUAAUAAUUAAGCAGAAGUAGAUUUAAAUAUGAAUGGAUUAGGCUAUAAUGCAAUAGAAAUAAUAAAUUCAUAAUCAGUAAAAAUAGUUAAUGAUACUUAAGUAUAUAUGCUUGAUAAAAUCUUCCCUUUUGAGUCUACUUAAGAAAAUAUUUAUCAAGAAAUCGCAGUUCAAGUUGUUAAUGAUGUCCUCAUUGGCUAUAAUGGAACUAUCUUUGCUUACGGUGUUUCUGGAAGUGGAAAAUCUUUCACUAUGUUUGGAAACAUCGAUGAUUAAAAAUAAUAAGGAAUAAUUCCUAGAAUGUGUGAUUAGUUAUUUGAUUAUGUUAAUAAUGAUGAAACAGAUGCAGAAUAUAUUAUUAAAUGUUCUAUGCUCGAAAUUUAUAAAGAAAAUCUUCAUGAUAGUCUUAAUAUUAUACAAGAUGAAAAAGUAGAACUUAAAAUAAAAGAAAAUCCUUAAAAAGGAAUUUUUAUUUAAGGACUUACCCAAAAACUUAUUUAAGAUGAAAAUGAACUAAUUGAUGUGAUCAAUUUUGGAUAUAAUAAUAGAUAAACAAGAUCUACUAAACUUAAUGAGUAUAGUUCUAGAUCUCAUACUAUUUUUAUGGUUUAGAUUUGUCAAAAAUUUCCUAAUGGAGCUGAAAAAAAUGGUAAACUUAACCUGAUUGAUCUUGCUGGAUGUGAAAAAGUGUCUAAAAGUGGAGUUGUUGGUGAAGGUUUAGAAGAAGCUAUUAAAAUUAAUUUAUCCUUAACUUGUCUGGGAAAAGUUAUUCAUUCUCUAACUACAGGAUAAGAACAUAUUCCUUAUAGAGAUUCGAAAUUAACAAGAAUUUUAUAGGAAUCUUUAGGAGGAAAUUAUAAAACUUCUUUAAUUGUUACUUGUUCAAUGCAUUCUAAGUUUAUAGACGAUACUAUUUCAUCUUUAAAGUUCGCAACAAGGGCAAAGACAAUAAAAAAUCAUUUCAAAGUUAAUUUUACUCAUUCUGCUGAAUCUUUAAAAUAAACAAUAGAAUUAUUAAAGCAAGAACUAGUAUAAUAUAAAUCGAUCUAUUAAAACUUUCGAAAAGUUGUAGGAGACAUUAGAGUUGAUUUGGAUUAAAUACCCUCUUAAGCUAAAUGCAAUAAAAUAGAAAAUAUAAAAUCAGAACUUGAUGCUCUUUUAGAAAUUCAAAAUAAAAUUAGUUUAAUAAGUUCUUAAGUUGGGAAUUCAUAAAUUACUCCAGUCAACAUUUAAGGAUCAGGUUUAGGAAGUGAUUUAGGAUUAUAAGAUAAUGGUUUUUUUAGAAUGGGAGGUGAUUUGCUAUAAGCAAAAUUGAAAAUUAAAGAAGAUAUUAUUAAUACCUAGAAAUAAAAUAUUACUGAUUUGGAAGAAAAAUAUAAGUAACUUGAAAUUGAAUUUCUAUAAAGCAAAUAGUAAAGUAUUAUAAUUUAGAAUUAAUUGAGUGAAGCACUAAAUGAAAAAAAUUCACUUUAUACACUUCAUUCUAAGGAAGUUAAUAAAAAUAGUUUUAAUAAAUUUUAAUUAGAAAUUCUUUAGAAAUAAAUUUAAAAACUAAUUGAUUAAAUUUACAAAUUAGAAUAAUCAAAUUAGUAAUUGCUGAACGAAAAAAAGAAUUUAUGUGAUUAGAAAUUUGAUGAUUUAUUAAAAACCAAAUUAAAUUUAUCAGAAAUAAAAUUAGCUGACUAUUUCAAUAAUAAUAUGAAACUGAAUUUUAGUGCUAUUAAUACUGAUAUUUAAAAAGUUAGAAAUUUUUCGUUAGAUGUUAUAGAUGACAAUGUACUUGUUGAUGAUAAUGAUGGUAAUAAUAGUGAAACAUACUCUUUAAAAUAAUUUGAAGAGAAUAAUGAUAAAUUAAUUAAAUCAUUUGAAUAUAAUCAAAAUGCAGAAAACAUAAAAAAAUUACUUGAAUUUCCUUAAAAAAUAGAAGAAGCUAUGUCAAAAGAAUAAAUAUCUCCUGAGUUUUUCACAUAUAGUAAAUUAAAAUUUACUAAGGACGUUAAGCGCUUUAGAAUGGAAGUUUACUGCACUUAUAAAAAAAACAUAGGUUAUCUCAUAUACAGAAGUUGA